AUGUCGAGCGGAAACAAGGGCGCUACCAAGGGUACAGCCGAGGGCAAGGCCAAGGCUAAGCCUCAGGCCAUCAAGGCCGCUGCCGCCAAGAAGGCAGCCCUCAAGGGCACCCAGGGCAGCAAGAUCCGCAAGGUCCGAACUGAUACCUCGUUCCACCGGCCCAAGACUCUCCGCCUGGCGCGCAACCCCAAGUACCCUCGCAAGAGCGUGCCGCACGCGCCCAGGAUGGACGAGUACAAGACGGUGCUCUUCCCUCUGAACACGGAGAGCGCCAUGAAGAAGAUUGAGGAGAUCAACACCCUCGUCUUCAUCGUCGACCGCAAGGCCAACAAGCGCCAGAUCAAGGUCGCCCUCAAGAAGCUCUACGAUGUUGAGGCCGACAAGAUCAGGACACUGAUCAGGCCCGACGGAAAGAAGAAGGCUUACAUCAAGCUCUCGCCGGACCAGGACGCCCUCGACGUCUCGAGCCGCGUCGGUCUUCUCUAAGCUGGCUUCUCUUGUCUGUCUCGCUCUUCACAUGUACUACUGUCUUCUAUGACGCACACACACACACCACAAAAUUGUCAGGUCUACCAAACGCGCUGCACGUCGGAGGGCUGGGCCAUCACUGCUAUUGGGGGGUAAAUUGAAGAUCUGCGAAGUGCUCCCUCGCCAACCACUGUGCUUCUUUCUGCAUUUCUUCCUGUUUCCUUGGAUGUCUCGCUUCGUCCUCGAUGGUCCCGCACAGCUGAGCAGCCCGAAGUUUCAGGCCAAACUCAUCAAGUUUGGGGUAGAUGGCGUCGUUUGGCUCAAAGUCGCCUUUGCGCCUGGGCACAAUGUGAACGUGGAGAUGGUCAACCGUCUGCCCCUGUAAAUCUCAUCUC